ACAUUCUUAUGUAUGAGUAUAUGAACAAACUGAAUACAAGUAGUAGUUACAGAUGAUUAUUUUGGCAUCAGCUAUUCUCAGAGUCCUCAGACGAGUCAGACUCGAUUGUUCUAAGAAAGAAGAUUGACGAGCAAAAUUCAGUCGUAUCGAAGAAAAAUAGAAAUGUUGCUCGCAUCCGCGUGCCGCGCUCCGCUCAUGAGCAGAGGUCGCCUCUCUGCGGCGCCACAAACACGCAGCAGUUUCUUUACACAUCAUCUAGUACCUGGUUCAGGGAACAAUAUUAGAUUACGUUUUUUUAGUGGUAGUACAACUACAUUUGCAUCAUCAACGGCUUCUCCACCGAUUUCGGCAUCGGCAUCUUUUGUUUCGUGUUCCUCGCAUCCUACCUCCACUAGUGGAACUUCUUCCACCGCGCCGUCGUCUCCGAGAAACAGCAGCACAUCACGUACUAUAUUAAGGCUCAGCUUUCAAUGGUCACCAUUGAGAUUGGAGUCACUGAGAUCUUCGAAGAGGCGACCUUCCCUUGAGAGGCGAACCAACAGGGGAAAUAAACGAAGGGACGAAAGGGGAGAGCUUUGAAGGGGGUCGCUUCCGUUCAGAGUCAGUGACCAUUGAGCGCUGAGCUUUAACGAUAGUUCCCCACUCCACAGCCACAACGAAUGUUCCCAGAAGUUUCUCCUCGACUUCAGCCGCGAACACUUCUAGCGCAGCAACCACGCCUGCUUCCGCGUUCUACUGCCUCUUUUACACGUAUUGCGAAGGCAUCCUGGAAAAGCGGGGUCCUUUUCGUCCAGGACAUUUGGCUCUCGCAGAAGGCUUGUACAAAGAAGGCAAACUGGUACUUGGUGGGGCAUUUGUUAAGGCUCAUGAUAAUGAUUUCUACUAACUUGUUCACAGACAGAGUAUCUCGAUCUUCUUCACAUCAGAGUAAGAAAGUGCUUACACUUACUUAUACUGCCUCAGACGAUGACUGUGACUCCUUCUUGGAUUCUGAGACUAGUAUGUGAAGGUAGCAGAUCAUGGAUCACUACUGCAAGCUCUAAAUUCGGAGAUCUCGGAUCGGCAGCCGCCAGUGGAGAGGGUGGGCAGAAUAACGAUGCCUUGUUCAUUUUUAAGGGGAUGAGUCCAGAUGAAAUUGAGACAGAAUUCGUGAAGAAAGAUCCUUACGUAGCGAACAACUUGGCCAUAGGAUACCGCAUCAGGCCAUGGACAGUGCCUCCAAAUAUCGGUGGGGGAGCGUGAACAGAGUUUUUGAUAUUGAACAGAUGUGAUGUUUCAAAUUUCAUCACCAGAUUUUGUUUCUGAAUACUUAGGAUGAGUUUCUUCCCACUGUGCAGAGUUCUUAAUUGAAAGAGACUUGGAGUUUGCUUCGACAAGAUGUUGGAGAACCGAUUGUGAUUGAUAUUAAGAUAAACAAAAACAGAAACAAUACAUACUUUUACUUACUGUUGAAAGUAGAAUGCGGCUUUAUCUAGAACGCAGACGAUGCACAAGGAACGCAGACGAAGAUGAAGGAAGUUUCAGGAGAUUGAAUCC